UUUAUGAAUCUCUAUUUUUUGUUCUGCAAUUUUUUUGUCUGCUGUUUGGUCACCAAGAAUUGCCCAUUUUUUAUCUGGUGUUUGGUCACUGAGAAAUCAUCAUAAAAGGAAGGGUUUUGAUUUUUGGGAUUUUUGGUGAACAAGAAUUUUCAGUAGUUGGAAGCUUUUGUUUGAUUUUUUUUUUCUUUCCUUUUUGCAUGUUUAGUACUAUGAUUUGGGCUUAAUUUUUCUGGCUUAAAAUGUGUUUGAUUUCAAGUUAUGAGUUUCAAUUUAAAAAAUUGAUUAUAUUAGAGGACAAUACUGAUUGAAUGCACUAAGUUUGUAACAUAUUGUGGAGAUCUUUAUCAUUCAUGAUAGUAACUCAUUUAUAUAAUUGUUGUUUUCUAAUGUCUCUACAAUGUUGAAUCUUUUUCUUGGGACCCCUUUGUGGUCCAUUUUGCAGAAGAAUUCUCUUUACUGUUAGAUAAAGAAAUUGUUGUUUUCCAGCUUUUGCCUGUGUUUUCACUUCAAGGGCCCUUUAUUUUUUCCUUAAUACGCAAGCGUAGCUAGAUGUUUAUUACAGUUGUUUCUGGCUCCAUGUUAUUCCUGGUACUGGUACCAAUUGACAUUAUAUUGGACUUUACUAGUGCACUUGAGUAUAUUUCCUUUGUAAAGGAAUAUGUAUAUAAUAGGCUUCAAUUCAGCUAUGGAUGGUACUUUACCUUUGUUCAAGGAUUGGUUUAUGUGGCUCUUAUUCAUUUCCUCAAUGGUUUUACUCCUAAGCAAAUGGUGAACCCGUGGAAGGAUUAUGUUAAGCUCUCUACCGUUCUCAUGGGCUCACAUGGGUUAACGAAAGGGUCUUUGGCUUUCCUCAACUAUCCAGCACAAAUCAUGUUCAAAUCUGCCAAGGUAUUGCCUGUCAUGGUAAUGGGGGCUUUCGUGCCCGGUCUGCGACGAAAAUAUCCACCCCAUGAAUAUGUUUCGGCAGUACUCUUGGUAGCAGGCCUGAUUCUUUUCACUUUGGCUGAUGCACAAACCUCGCCAAAUUUCAGCUUAAUUGGUGUGCUAAUGAUAUCUGGUGCUUUGGUUAUGGAUUCUUUUGUGGGGAAUUAUCAAGAGGCCAUCUUCACGUCUAAUCCUAACACAACACAGAUGGAGAUGCUCUAUUGUUCAACAAUUGUCGGCUUUCCUAUCUUGUUUGUGGCUAUGAUUGUAACAGGAGAACUAAGGAUAGCAUGGCCUGCAUGUGCUCAGCAUCCCUAUGUUUACGGAGUCUUGGUGUUUGAAGCCUGCGCUACUUUCGUGGGGCAAGUGUCUGUCCUUUCCCUCGUAGCAAUAUUUGGUGCUGCCACUACUACAAUGAUUACAACUGCAAGGAAGGCUGUAACAUUAUUGCUUUCAUACUUGAUAUUCACAAAGCCUUUGACCGAACAACAUGGUACUGGAUUGCUGUUGAUGUGUAUGUGCAUCAUAAUGAAGAUGUUGCCUGAAAACAAGCCCCCGCAUCCUAGGCCGCAGAAAAUUAUCCCUCUUCAACAAACUGAAAAACCUCGCGAGACUGAAGAUGACAGAUUUCAGAUAGGCAUUGAAGAGGAAGAAGAGAAGAGACCUUUGGUCUAAAACAAAGUAGAGACUCUAGCUUAGUCUAUUAUUUCAAUUUUGAUUAGCUUUUAUAGUUGUAAUAUGGCAACAAAAUGCUAGGCUCUUUUAAAAAAAUAUAAUAUAUAUAUAUACUUUAUUGCUAUUCAUCCAAGGUGGUAAACAUUUGUCAGAUUUGUUUCUCUAAGGGCAUUUAGUCCAUCUUUAGAUGAUGAA